GUUCACUAUUCGCAACCGCCAUCUUCUCACUCUUCCCCCUCACAUACUCCUUCUUCCUCUUCGGUUUUGUUCCCCUUCCUCCGGCGGAUUGAUCCGUAGGGGCUGCGGCGGAAGAUUGAUCGAGGAAUGGAGAAAACAUUGAAGAUCGUCGCCGAAUUCGUCGAGAAACGGAGGAGGGAAACGAAAUUAAACCCUAGCUCUAGAAAGGAUUUUCUCGAAGUGCUUCUAGAAUAUCGUGGAAACAACGACGACGAGUGCGAUCAGAUCUCCGAUCAUCAACUCCACAUUAUCACCAUGGAGGUUUUCCUCGCCGGAUUGGAAACGCCGAGCAACACGAUCGAGUGGGCGAUGGUGGAGCUCCUCCGCCACCCGGCGGCGAAGGAAGAGCUCCGCCGCGUAGUCGGAGAAGGCAACAGAUUUGAGGAAGCGCAGAUCGACGAUCUGCCAUACCUGCAGGCGGUGGUGAAGGAGACGCUGCGGCGGAGAAGGAGCCAGCCUCAGUUUCAUCUUCGGAAGAAUCUGGAUUGGAAGAUUGGGGAUUCGGCGGCGAAACGUAGUCGUGCUGCGGCUGUGCAGAGUAGAAGCGGCGGAGGAAGGCAGAAGCGGCGGAGGAAGGCAGAAUCGGCAGUGAUUGAGCGGAAUCGUCUCAGUGCCAUUACUGCUUUCAUUUCAAGCUCUGAUUAAUGGCGAUUUGACGAAUGUGUAUAGCUAUUAAAACCCCGCCUUUAUUCAUAUGCAUGAUUCAGCAUCGAUUGAUGGAUAUGAGUGUGCAUAAACUGCAGCUGGGAGGAAGGAUCGAUUGGUUUGGACAAAUUUGCGAAGCUCUAGAGAGUAAAUUAAAACAUAAAAUUAC